AUGUUGCCUAACAGAACAGAAGUACAUGAUGACCGUCCAGAAAAACAACAUAUCACCUUAGGAUUCACCUUGGCAUUGGUCACAGUGGGACUAUUUUGCCUUGGGCUUACCCUGAUCUACGUUUAUAGAAAACGACAGCUCGCUGGCAGAAACAACGGCAGAAACUCUCAUUUCCAAACAGGCAACCGAGGUGAACCAACUGAGUCUAUGGAGAUGAAAAAUAUAAAUGCAAGAGGAAGAGCUUCGUCGUCUCCAGUUGUGAUGCUCCAGGACAAUAUCUUUGACAGGCUGCAUAGGAGAACACAUCUCAAACGUCAGUGUUCAGUGCCUAACAAUCCUGCAAAUAAAAACGGCAGAAGAAGCGCCCAUGACACGCCAUUCGAUGCCCCGCACUAUUGGGAAAUUCCGGACUCUCUCGUAGAUUCCACUCAGCAACCGGCUCCGGGAAAACUUGAUGCUCCAAAUUAUUGGGAAAUUCCAGACGCCCUAGUUGAUUCCGUUCCGAAUUCGGAAAUCGGGACCACUCGGGAAAUCGCCCUCGCAAACUCCACUCGCGACCCGCCAAAAGACGACUAG